CCCGCCCGCCCCCCCCUCCCCAAUCCGCCGCCGCUCCCGGGCUCGGCCACCCCCCCGGCUCCGGCUCCGGCCCUGCCCCCGGGCGCGCCCGCCGCGCUCAGCUGGCAGCCGGCUGCCGAGGCGCAGGGGCGGCGGUGCCAUCAGCUGCGGGAGCACGGCUCGGCUUGGCAAAGCGGCUCACGCAGUCGCAGGGAAGAGGAGCAGCUGGGAGCGCGGCCGCCGCGGAGGACCGGCACGUCCCUGUUCGCGUUCCUGUUCCGCGGGGAGGGCUCCGCCGAUCCACCGCCCCCUCCUCCGGGAGCCGCCGGGGGAGGGCUCGGACGCGAAGUUGCAGCCAGCCCGGGGGAAAAGUAGCGGCAAGGCGGAAGGGGCCGGAGCCCAGCCGAGCCCAACCCAACCCAGCCGAGCCGAGAGGGGCCGGCGCAGCGCGCCGCCGCCAGCCGCCCCCCGGACGGGGCUGACCCCGCGCCCCCGGCCGCACUCACCGGGACCCCCGCCUCGCCCCGGAACCAGCACCGAGGGAGAGGGGACGCUGCCGGACACCGCUGCGGAAAGAACCAACAUGCAAAGUGGAAGGAAAACCGAAACUGCUCUUUUAGCAAAAAAAUACUGGCUUUCAGCCCCUUUCAUAUGUUUCCAUUUCACUUCAUAAUGGGAGGAGCACGAUUCUCUGAAUCAUUGAGGCAAAAUUUGGGCAUCAUUGGCUGAAGAUAAGAUGAAAGAAGACUUGAAAAUGUGUCGAUAUUCUAUGACUAUUAAUUCAGACAAACCUUUCACAAAGGGGAAUAGUGGUUAAAAUUACCGCAGUCUCAUCUAAAGGAGCUAAUGAAGGAUUUCUCUUCGUUUUUUCUUUCUUCCCUUUCUCCCAUGAGUCCAAAAAGAGCAAGAUGGAAAGAGUGUAUACAAAUCAAGAUAGGAGGAAGGCUGAAGAAAGUAGCUUCAGUUUUUAAGUGUGUUUUCCAAGUGCUGUAAAUUCCCUAAAUAAUCAAAUUCAACCCAUUGUUUUGAAUAAAUUAUAUCUUUUUGUGAUCAGUGAAGGUUUUUUUUUUUUUUUUUUUUUUUGGUCAGCUAUAGGAGUGGAAUUUGACCUGAUUGAAAGUAUUAACACAGAAAAUGUAUGGCUCUGAUUCCUGUUUUCAAAUCAAAGUUUACAAGUUAUCAAAGAAUAGUGUUUUGGUUUCUUUCAGUUUCUGACUGUGUAUUGUCAACCUGCAUUUUGUAUGUUUAUCUUGGAGAUUUUACUUUCUCCCUAUUUUAAUGCUUAUACUGACUGUAGUGUUGUAUUUGAGAAAAAUGUGAACGAGCAAGGCACCUGAGAUUUAAGUUCUCAACAGCCUUGUUAUUUCAGUGUUGUAGCUCAAAUUACGAGUAAUCUGAGUAUCUGUUAGAACGUGCAGUAAACACUAAGUCUUUUCUUUGAAGAAAAAAAUGCCUUAAGAUGCUCAUGCUUGUGCUAACUGGAUCAAAGCUUGAUAUCUGAACAUCGUGUUUUGUUAGGAAGUGCAUGCCUGGGGAAGAGGAGCUGCCUAAUGGAUCAUGGCUCUGAUGCUUACAGGGCAUACCUUAUUUCUAUCAUUAAUGAUGUUUGCUGUCUUCACUUUUGAAGAAUCUGUAAACAAUUACUCAGAUUGGGUGACUUUCAUGGAAAAUGUAGGUCAAUAUGAGAAACAGCAGAAACUUGAAGGUCUUGGUGCUGAGCAGAAGUUGAAAAAAACAGUUCUUCAUCCAAAUUUGUAUUUUGAUGCUGAAGAUGUCCAUGCACUGAGGCAGAAAGCUCACACAAGCCACUCACAUCUAUUUAGAGCUAUUAGAAGUGCAGUGAUAGUUAUGCUAUCCAACCCAUUAUACUACCUACCUCCACCCAAGCAUGUUGAUUUUGCUGCAAAGUGGAAUGAGGUUUAUGGUAACAAUCUGCCACCACUAGCAUUUUAUUGUUUGCUGUGCCCUGAAGAUAAAGCUGCAUUUGAUUUUGCCCUAGAAUAUAUGGACAGAAUGGCUGGUUACAAAAACUGGUUAGUGGAGAGUGCACCUGGUGAUGAAGUGCCACUGGGACACUCCCUAACUGGAUUUGCCACUGCUUAUGACUUCUUGUAUAAUUCACUGGAAAAUGUGAGAAGACAAAAAUACCUGGAGAAGAUACGGUCUGCAAGUGAGGAAAUGUAUGAGUACUCAAAGGUUCGUUCCUGGGGAAAGCAGCUUCUCCAUAAUCAUCAGGCAACCAAUAUGCUUGCUUUGCUCACUGGAGCUUUAGUUACAGGGGUGGAUGACGGAUCUCAGGCAAAUGUUUGGAAACACACUGUUGUUGAUGUGAUGGAGAAAACAAUGUUUCUGCUUAAUCAUAUUGUAGAUGGGUCUCUGGAUGAGGGAGUAGCUUAUGGGAGUUACACAGCUAAGUCCAUAACCCAGUACGUUUUCCUGGCCCAGCGUCAUUUUGGUAUUAACAACUUGGAAAAUAAUUGGCUCAAAAUGCACUUUUGGUUUUACUAUUCCACGCUAUUACCAGGCUUUCAAAGGACUGUGGGCAUAGCAGAUUCUAAUUACAACUGGUUUUAUGGUCCUGAGAGCCAACUGGUUUUCUUGGAUAAGUUUAUCAUGAAGAAUGGAGCUGGCAACUGGUUGGCACAGCAAAUUAGAAAACACAGACCCAAAGAUGGACCAAUGGUGCCAUCCACUGCACAGAGGUGGAGCACAUUGCACACCGAGUUUAUAUGGUAUGCUGCUGAAAUCACUCCUCAACCACCUCCUGACUAUGGCACUGCUAAAUUGCAUGUGUUUCCUAAUUGGGGAGUUGUUACCUAUGGGGCUGGAUUGCCAAGCAGCCAGACAAACACCUUUGUGUCCUUCAAGUCUGGAAAACUCGGUGGACGUGCUGUCUACGAUAUUGUCCACUUUCAACCAUAUGCCUGGAUUGAUGGGUGGAGGAGUUUCAAUCCAGGACAUGAACAUCCUGAUCAGAACUCUUUUACUUUUGCUCCCAAUGGACAGGUGUUUGUAUCUGAGGCUCUCUAUGGACCUAAACUCAGCCACCUGAACAAUGUCUUGGUGUUUGCCCCAUCUCCUACUAGCCAGUGCAACCAGCCUUGGGAGGGACAGCUUGGUGAAUGUGCCCAGUGGCUGAAGUGGAUUGGUCAUGAGGUUGGAGACUCAACUGGAGAAAUUAUAACAGCCUCCCAGUCUGGGGACAUGAUGUUUGUGAGUGGUGAGGCGGUCUCUGCUUACACAUCAGCAAUGAAAUUGAAAAGCGUAUAUCGCAUUUUGCUGCUCUUAAAUUCUCAGACAUUGUUAGUUGUAGACCAUAUCGAGAAGGAGGAAGACUCUCCUGUUAAUUCUGUCAGUGCCUUUUUUCAUAAUCUUGACAUUGAUUUUAAAUACAUACCCUAUAAAUUUAAGAACAAAUACAACGGAGCUAUGAUGGAUGUGUGGGAUGCCCACUACAAGAUGUUUUGGUUUGAUCAUCAUGGGAGUAGUCCUGUUGCUAGGAUACAAGAGGCAGAACAAGCUGCUGAAUUCAAAAAGCGAUGGACUCAGUUUGUAAAUGUUACCUUUCCAAUGAAAAGCACGCUUGCAAGGAUUGUUUACCUUUUCUAUGGCCCAUAUGUCAAUGUUUCUAACUGCAGGCUCAUUGAUAAUGCAAAGUCUGGAUUUCAGAUUUCACUCAGUGUCAACAACACUGAAAAUACGGUCUUUGUUGUGACUGAACAUCAGAAUUUAAAGACCAGGUUUGAUUACUUGGGAUUUGGUGGUUUUGCCAAAGUAGUUCAUGAAAACAAAGUAACCAAGUUUGGUCUAGGUACUGAAUCUGUGGAAAAACGAAUUAAAAAUAAUAGGGUGGUUUUCCCAUUUGGAUUCAAAGUGAACAUAAUUGCAGGGUUAAUCUUGGCUGUUAGUUUGGUCAUACUGGCUUUUCAGUGGCAGUUUUACAUAUCCUUCAGUAAAAUGUUGCGUUGGAUCCUUAUACUAGUUAUCACGUUGUGGCUUAUUGAAUUGGUGGAUGUGUGGAGCAUGUGUACCCAGCCCAUCUGUGCGAAAUGGAGCAGUGACUUGACAAGGCUAGAACAUGAUAAAGGCAAUAAAGCCAAACAAUUAGAAGGGAACCCCGUUGUUUUGCCAGAUGUUAUAAUUACUUCGCUUCCUGCCUCUGGUGCAGAAAUUUUAAAACAGGUGUUUUUCAAUAGCAGUGAUUUCUUAUAUAUGAGGAUACCUACAGCCUAUCUAGAAAUUCCUGAGAGUGAAUUUGAAAUUGAUUCCUUUGUAGAUCCAUGUGAAUGGAAGGCUUCUGAUGUCCACAAUGGUCAUUUUCGUCUUCUCAAAGGGUGGCUCCAGUCUUUAGUCCGAGACACAAAAUUACAUUUACAAAACAUUCAUUUAUAUGAAGCCAGCAGAAGUAAAAUUACUCAGCAUUCUGCCAUAAGCAAGGACAAAAAGAAGAAAUCAAAAAAGAGAGAAUCUCUAUCAGAGCAGAGAAUCAGGGCAAGAGCAAGUCAAGAUAAAGAUGCUGAAUAUAUUAGGGAAUUGAGAAGACACCUUGUCUCUUAUCCUAGUGCACGACCUGUGCUUAGUUUAAGUAGUGGGAGCUGGACAUUAAAGCUUCCCUUCUUUCAGGAAAUCCUAGGACCAUCAAUGAGAGCAUUAUAUGUAGUAAGAGACCCACGGGCAUGGGUUUAUUCCAUGUUGUACAAAAAUAAGCCGAGUCUUUACUCCUUGAAAAAAGUUCCACAACACUUGGCUGCAAUGUUCAAAUGGGAAAAUCAUAAAGGAAAAUGUAGUCUAAGUGAAGGCUAUGCCUUUGAAUAUGAAUCAUUAAGAAAAGAACUUUCAAAAUCUAAUUCAAAUGCUGUUUCUGUGUUGUCCUAUUUAUGGCUUGCAAACACAGCAGCAGCACUGAGAAUAAAUGGCGAUUUGCUGCCAACAAAUUAUCAGAUGGUCAAGUUUGAAGAUAUUGUGAGCUUUCCUCAGAAGAUGGCUGAAACAAUUUUUGCCUUUCUUGGUAUGCCUCUUUCUCCUGCUAGCUUAAACCAAAUAUUAUUUGCCACCUCCACCAGUCUUUUCUAUCUUCCUUAUGAGGGGGAAAUUUCACCAAGUAGCAUUCACGCCUGGAAACAAAACAUGCCCAAGGAAGAAAUUAGACUGAUUGAAGAUAUUUGUUUUUCUUUAAUGGACCACUUAGGUUACCCAAAGUUUGUAGAAUAAAUGCUGCCGGUCAGCAGAAAUUUGCACUAAUCAUCUCUGACUCCCAGUUUGUGGAUAAAUAUUAGAGAAGUUUGUUUAUUCUUGUAAAACGUGUACAGUCUGCUACUUUCAGAGAAAUUAUUUUAAGAAAAAGAUAGUUGUUCUUGCAGGUGUUUUUUUGUUGUUUCUUUUUUUUUCUUUUUUAGUAAUAAAUAAAAACAACUUGUAACUACUUUUGCUGCCUUUGAAAAAAACAAAUAAAAAAACUGUGUGAACCUUUAUGGAACUACCAGCUGAGGGCUCUAUAGCUCAGGGGAUUAGUAAUAGAAUAUGGAGCUUUUCACCUCCUGCUCACCAGUUUGACCACAGCCCAGGUGCUUAGUUCCCAAAAGUAGUUACUACCUGAUGAUUGUAUGAAGGUUUAUAUGAAAUUAAACUGGUGGUGUUGGCCUAGUUCCCAGUGCUGAUAAUUAACUCCCUUAGACAGGUUUUCUGAGACAUUCUGUCUCACUGGUCAGUGUGGUGGUGCAAAGUAAACACAAGCUGAGGUUUAAGGCUGUUCAGCAUCCCUUCAGUAGGUGAAAACAACCACAGUAUUUGAGUGAAUCUAGUUCCUUAUUUACAUCCUCAACAGGCCCAGGACUGAAAUGGAUAUAUUGAAUAUCACUGUAUGAUAUGGUUCCUCCAGUUCAGAGACAUGGCACUUACAUUGGGUUUGUCCUUCGACUUCAUUCUUCGUGUCUGACAACAUCAUCUUUUGUGAGCUUGAAGUAAACUAUCUGAAGAAAAAUAAAUGAGAUAAAAUUUAAGAAACCAAGAUAUCCCAAACUAAGAGUUAAAUAUGGAGAGGAUUUAUUUAUUUAUUUAUUUAUUUUUGUAGCUUUGACCUGCCUCACUCAACCUGUAUUAAUUUUGAAGGUUGUUAACAUCUUGACUCCUCAUUCUGAUUUAUCAUGCACCUCUUAUCUAAGAGGUUCUGGAAGAAUCAUUUCUUUUUGAGUGAGACUUUUCCAUCUUUCUUUGUAAAACAUUUCUCUGCUGAUUCUUGUGUAUAAGUUCACCAAGGCCAGUGCAAAUAUUUGAUGUCAAUGUCAGUGGUCUGUUGUUGAUGUCUGCAUAAAAUGAAAAUCUAAGGUUUAGAAGAUCUUAAGUUAAUCUCCAGGUCUGUGUUCCUGAGGGAGGUUUUGUUUUUCUGUAUUGUGUAUUUCUGAAGGACAACCAUUGCUUACCUCAGAUCUCCUCUCAGAGAGUGGAGAAAUCUGAAACUUGCUCAACUCUCAGUUACUUUACCUUUGAGUAAUUCCCCACAGUAAAGUAUCUCCAAACUUGUCGUUUUUAUCUGCUAUCAUGUUUUUUAUCAUGACUAGCGUUUCUCUAACAUGAUGCUGUAAUAUGAUAUUGAUUUGGAAACAGAUAAGUUUGAUAGGAUAGAUAUGUCUUUGUCACAGCUUGUUUUCAUUUUGAAUCACAGCUUUAGUUUUGCACAUUUCCAUUAAGAAAAAAGGUUUCCUAAUUUAACUUGCUGAGUAUUCUUUGGAAAUGCACUGCAUACUGUAAAUGUCUGCAGAUGUGUAAAUCUGAUCACAAAGCGGCAUCUGUUUCCUUUACCAUCUGUUUUUUAUUACAAAUGGAAUUGUCUUGAAAUAUACUUCCUUUGGUUUGUGGGAGCUGGUGUUGGAGUUUGGGGUUAUUAUAUUGAAAUAUAUGUGUAAUUUUUAUUUAUUUGGGUAAUAAGCAUUAUACAAUAUCAAAAGUGUAGUGAGUCUCUUCAUACAGAUUAUAGGUACCAUUCCUGAUUUCAAAUAUAAAAGAGUUCUUGCUUUUCCUUCCAGUCUUACUACUUGUCCCUGUCUUAAUUCCUCUGUCUUGUCCUUCUCAUAUACACAUUUCAUAUCCUUUGGAGUACAUUGUGAUGUCUCAUCAUGACCUAAAUAACAGUAGCUGUUUCUCUACCAAUCAUUUGUACAUCAAAAUGGACCUCUAGCAUGAUAAACCCAUUGAUAUUUUACAGUCUCACUUACCAAAACUUAACUGCUGUUUACUAGCAGCAGCAAUUUUUUUCCUCCUUCUAUCCUAAGUCUAACCCCUGGUUGGGUGGAAUGUCAUAUUAAAGGAAAUAUUAAAUGGGUUAAUAAACACUGACAUGGUAAUGAAAGUUCAGUUUGCAACUAUCAUCCUUUCAAAUUAGUUUCUCUCUGAAGCCAUUUUUAUCAUAUGUAAAGAAAAAAAAAUAUAAUCAUGUCUGUACAAUUUUCUGUACUUGACAGAAUGUGUUUCAACAUUUGCCUUCUAUUUCCAGGAUUUAUACUCUAGAAUCAGAACAAAUAAAAAGGCUUUUUCUCUGUCAGAUGUUUUAGGGCAACUGAAGGUAAGAAUUAAGACUGACUAUAUAUUUGUGGAAGCAGACAUCUUUAAAUCCCUUCCUGAAAGUGCUGUAUGGAAUGCUGUGAUAGCCUAUAAACCAACUUUUUAUUUGUUUUUGUGGAGUUAAGGUGUACAGGGUGAUCUGUCAAGAGGGUUAUCCAUGCUUCUUUUGGAAUAUGGUUAUCUCAUACAUUUAUGUUCAGAAUACAUGCUGUUGCUGUCAUUUCUUAUAUGCAAGAUUUAGGAGCUAUUUCUUUUCUGUACUGUACUCUCCAGGGUCUAAGAAUGCAUAAUCUAUUAUUCAGAAUUGGAUGCACUGUGUGUUCCUAGUACAAAUUUAAUAAGAUAAAAAAGAUCUCUUUUCUUUAUUUUUGGAUCUUGUAAGGGCAAACACGUUAACAUCAUUACAGUAAAAUAUGUAGAGGGAAAGGCAGUGUCUUUGAAAAUAACAGGGUAGGAAUACUUAAGAUAUGACAACACUAUUUUUUCAUGAAGUAAUUGCUUUGUUUGGAUUUAGAUAAUGAAUUACUUGACCACUUGAUUGAAGUUAGUACCAGACAGGAGUUAUCCCAGCCAUGGAGUUGAUUGAGUUUGUCUUUAAACUGUGGUCUUGUACUUGCAUGAACAGCAACCCAAGAGACAGUGCAUGUUAUUGCCCAUAUAAAUAUGAGACUUUGUAGAAUAACUUCCAGCGACACCAUUCAUUUUAUUCACGAAUAAAUUUCACAGCUAUGAUGUGGAAAAGCAGCAAUACUAUGGAGGUCUGGUAGUAAAUAAAUAAAUAAACAAACAAACUUGCCUUUCUCUAUUAAAGGCUAGAUUACAAUUUUAUAUCUGCUGAUCUUGAGUCAGAUUGGUCAUUACACUUUAUUUUUUUCAUGUGCAAAUGUUCCCAUUGAGACUAUUGUCACUCUGUGUAUGAAGAACAUGUGUGUAAUUUUAUAUGUAAUUAUUUUGUGGUUGUACAGUUACCAUAGAAAUUCUUUUCAGUCACUUGCAUCCAGAGGAAGAAUGGACACAGAAUUUAACCUUAUCUUUCUCCAUACAGUAAUGUUUCAGAAUGUCAGUAACAUUUGAGAAUGUUAGAGAUUGUUGGUUCUUUUUGAAAAGCAUGUAUAUUUAGGUAUGUUGAUUGACGAGUGUUCUAGCGCUUUCAAUUAUACUUCAGCAAGAUGCUCAUGAAAACUAGUCUCAUAUUUUAUCUUAUCUUUAUCUUUGCUUCCUCUUUCUCCCUGUGUUAAGUGUUAAUAAUAGUUUGUACUACAUUGAAUGUUGUACUAUAUUUGAACUCUCCUAUUAUGAGAGAGCAAAGAUUUUGACACAUUUUAGAAAAGAAAUUUUUAUUUAAACACCUAUCUCAGAAUCAUAUUUGGAAGCCUAAGGAAAAUAAACACCAAGGAAUACAUCUCAGCUAUUUACUUACUUUGUAACUAAGUGACAUUGGCUCUGGGACCUACAUGUAUGCAUAUGGGUCUCGGCAUUCAGAGUUCUGUCAGAUGGCAUGAAUCUAUAGUCUCUGAGCACAUUUACAUGCUUUUAUUUCCCCAGUAAGACUUUUUUCCAUGAGCAACAUCAGUGAUGAUGAGCCACAGUAUCAUGGUCAAAUGGGUUCCCUUCUCCCUCUUAGCAUGCAAUUGACAUGCAACUCUAAUCGGAAUUUAUGUUUGAACAGUGAAUUUGCAGGAUCCAGGAGUGAAUUUCUGGACAAGAUCUUCAGUUAUAUGUAAAAUAUAUGUUACAACUCAUUCAACGCCGAACUACUAUUCUGAUAGUGUUAAAAUGCAAAGCAAACAACAACAACAACAAAAUGCACUUCGAGUUUUAUAAAGUUAUCAAUAACUAUUUUGUAAAGCUCCAGUCAUGGAUUAGAUUUAUUUAUUUAUUUAUUUAACCAUUAAAAUGGUUUCACUUGCUCUUCAGACUUCAUGAUGUGACUGCUAGGGGAUUCUUGACUCUGCCUGACAGUCAGUUAUUUCCAUUAUUAGUCUUGGCUAGUUUGAGGAACAUGAUCAUGCAAAAUUUGGAAUAUAAUAGUGCAUUUACUCAAAAAAUUUGAAGUGCACAGUUCAUGAUUAAGGAUAAUAAUAUGGCCCAUAUGUUGGGGUCCAUAUGUUGGUAUAUAUAGUAUCUGUGGUAUUUAUUUUAGGAGAGUUAGAAGUAAAAAUAAUUUAUCUUUUUUAUUAUUAUUAUUAUUUUUAAUAACACAAAAUCAUUUUCUUCAAGAGAAUAAAUACUGGAUUUUAACUUCUACAAUGGGGAUAUCAUAUAAUUCCUUUCUUUAUCUGGCCUCCAUUUUAGUUUUGGUUCAGACUAAAACUUUUGUUCUAUGUCUUAUUAUGAAUGGGCUGUUUUCUCAGUUAAGGUUCUGUCUGGAGACUUCAGAGUUAUGAUUCUGUCUGGAGAUUCCAUUUCAUUGAAUUUCUGUGAGGAAUAUCAUGUACUACAAGAUGAAAUCCCUAAAUUGUGAGCUGUUUGGAUUUGGGUCAAAAAUAGAAUGAUGCCUUGCUGACCUCAAAGAAUGUUUUGCCAUUGAUUUCAACAGGGCGUAAAAUACUAACCCAAAUAUUUCUUUCUUGGAAGGAGCUAUGCAAAAUUUGUGAACUAAAUAGAAGUCUCUAGAUCAUUCUUUAUUAAUCAGAGACAACAUUAGCUGGUUUCUAAAAUGUAAAAACUGAUUUGUCUUUGGAUUUUUUCUCUCUUAUCUAAACAAAUGUUACCUUCUAGAGAAUUGCUGUCUACCUAGCCUGAAUAUUUCUAGACAGCAGAAAUUACAGGAAAUAAAUUCCUCAAAUGAUCAAUCAAUAUUACUGUUCUUAAUAUUAGAAGAGAGAAUGCAUUUCAAUAACAUGAAAAAUAUAAAUUGUGCAGUAACCAUAAUCAAAGCUAUCUGUAGACCAGUAAAUUUAUAAUGUUUAAAAUUUAUAAAUGUAUGUAUAGGAACAAAAAUAUUCAAAAUAACAUAUGAAGUACACUUUCAAAUGUCAGGACUUUGAUUUUAUUUAGUGAGGAGAAAUUUGCUGAUACAUAAUCUGCACCAUUUUCAUAAAGUACAUGAAUGGGUAAUCUUGUGCUGUCUCCGAAAAUAAUAAUAAUGGGAAAACACAUGUUACUGAGAUGAUAGUGUUUUAAAUUAAACAAUACAUCUCUUAGAGCUGACAAUAUGCUGGGAUUUAUAUGUGAUGUAAGAAAAAAAAUCUGGUUUCAUUCACACUUGUCUAAAUAUAUAAUAAUUUCUGCAAGAUUCGUCAUUUCUGCUGAUACAACCUCAACAUUUAAUUUAUUGUUUUUACUGAGGUGUAUUACAGUGUUUAAGAACAUGACCUAAAGUAAUCUAAUCUCACAUUAGGUAAUUUAAGUGUUGUAAUUAAAUGAGGAUCCUUGUCACUCUAGAAUCAAUGGAAAGCAAGUGUCACCUUCAGAAGGAAAUCAGACAUAACUCUUUGUAAAUCCUCAAAAGCUGAGGGCAAUUAAACUCUAUUUUCGAUGCCAGAUGAAAGGUGUCAAAUGAAAUGGUGUUAAUGGGAUUAAUUUGGCUUUAAAUGCGUAUGGUCUUACUUCUAAGUAAAUUUCUAUGUCUAAGCAUUUUUAGUGCAUAGAAAAUUUUAUGUCCAUAGAAAAUUUUAUGAAACAUUCCACAUAAAAUAAAGCUCUUGUUAGAAAACUAA